AUGAAACUCACCUGGAUUGCUGUCAUCGUUGGGGCGGUUGUUGUUGUGAUUAUUGUGCUGGGAGUUUCGUUGGGUCUGACAGUGGGAAAAAAAAAAGAUUUCAAGUCAACUUUUAUUGACAGGUGUGAAACGUUCAAAAGAUCUGACUGUAAGAACAUAUGGAAAACAUUUUCUAAAGCCUAUGUGCGGCGGAACAAUUGUACUGUUCGAAUGGAGGACUAUAACAAACUCAUGGAUGCAGCCCCCCUAGAACCUCUCUGCAACAAGGCGCUCUUCUGGAGUGACACAAAGGAUUUUGCUCGUAGCAUUGCAGCUAAAACUGAUAAUAAGACCUUGGAGAAAACGCUGUUGGGGCAUACGCUGGACGGCCUGACCUGGUGUGGAAAAGAGGGCAGUGAUGAAACCUUCACGUCUGGAUGCCCAAGUUGGGGAAAAGAUGAUUGUGAGAACAACCCUGUCCGCUCAUUUUGGAAGAGAGCCUCAGCUGCUUUUGCAGAUGCUGCCUGUGGUGAUGUCACCGCUUUGCUGAACGGGGACAGUGACACUCCUUUCAGCCCUACGAGUAUUUUUGGGAGCAUUGAAAUAAAGAGGCUCAAGUACCCCAGGGUUAAGAGCAUGAAGGUGGUUCUGGUCUCAAAGAAGAAGCCUAAGGCAGACUGUUCCCACCCAUCCUUAGUAGAUCUACAGAAUGCGCUGGAUGCUGGGAUCAACUACAGCUGUCGGUCUAACGGACACAAAUUUUCCGCAUCAGUAAUUGUUUACUUGUUGCUCAUGGGCCAUUUUUCCUUAUAGAAAAAAAGGUGUGAAACUGUGACCUACUGUCUGUAUGAUAAAAAGCGGUGAGAAAAUAAAGUCAAGCCCCUGAACCACUGAACAGAAUAGAAAGUAGAAAGUAUGUGCUCAACGUGUUCCACCUGCUUCUGGUUUGAUGUUUGGGGCUUUUAUUUGUUAUCUGUUUCACAUCUAUGUGAGGAUUUCCCAUUGACAUAAUGCCUUCCCUAGCCCCUACCCUACUCCUAACCAUCACAAAU